AUGUUCGUUGCUGUUUUUCUGCUCCUGCUGUUCAACACAAUGGUUCAAGCUCAGUAUGACGGAUACAACAAUUUCGAUCCAUUUCGCCCGGAUUUCAAUCCGAUCCCUCCAAAUCUGUUCCAAAGCGGGGUGUUCAGCCCUGAUUGGGGAACAAAUCUGGUUCGACAAAUUGAACAAAGCACUAGACAAAUCGAACAAGCCGUUAAAUCUGCUGCCAGAUCAGCCGUCAACGCGGGUGGAUUGACAGUCAACACAGUAAACGGAGUUACAACUGUACGAGCGACGAUUGGAGGCAGACCUUAUACAGCUGUAUUUCCGGGCAGUAGUGUUUCUGUCUCUAGCAACCGAUACGGCCAAGACGGACAAUUUGUCGAGGUGUUCACGAUUUUCGUGGAUGGUGUCCCUUACACCUAUACAACCGUUAACGGCCGUACAACCGCAACUGACGGUCAGGGCCGGGUGCUCGUUGACGGUGGUCCAUUUCGCGUCCCACCGAGCUAA